GCGAGGACUGGCUCCUUCCCAGCCGAGCCCAGCGCCGCGCCGGGCUCCGUCCCUCCGGAGCCGCCGGGAGGGAUGAACCGGGAACGGGGACGGGAACGGGAACGGGGACGGGAACGGCUCCUCUCCGCCGCACGAUAAAGAAGCUCGUGGACCGUUUGCAGGGAUGUCGGUGAAGCGAGCGGGCUGCCUUCCCCUCUCUUCCCAGCGCAGGACCAGAGCCUGACUGGAAAGCUGGCAUGUUGCCCCCUCCAGCCCCUGCUUGGCCGCACGAUGCCCAGCCCUGCCUGCCCUGCCCCUAGCCUUGCUUUCCACCGGUAAUAUACCCUGCUUUCCCCAGGCUGCGUUUCCGAGAGAGGCAGCAGGGAAUAUGCUGCAGAAAGCCAGCCUGCAGCCGAAACCCAGAGGAGUUUUGCAGUGAGGCCAAACGCCAAAGAGUUGCCCCUUCCCCACCCCGGCGUGGAUAAGCAUCUCGGACAGCGAAUUUCUCUGCGCUCAGUGGGUGUUGAGGUCCUGGUCUGCAGGCUCAAAGAGGGGGGCUGCCAUGGAAGAGAAUGUGUUCAGCGUGCAGCAGAUACAGCCCAACGUCAUCUCGGUGAGGCUCUUCAAGCGCAAGGUGGGCGGCCUCGGCUUUCUGGUGAAGGAGCGAGUCAGCAAGCCGCCCGUCAUCAUCUCGGAUCUGAUCCGGGGAGGGGCUGCAGAGCAGAGUGGCCUCAUCCAGGCUGGGGACAUCAUUUUAGCCGUCAAUGGCAGGCCCCUCGUGGACAUGAGCUAUGAGACCGCGCUGGAGAUACUGAGAAGCAUCGCCUCCGAGACCUACGUGGUCCUCAUCCUGCGGGGCCCCGAGGGCUUCACCACUCACCUGGAGACCACUUUCGCAGGCGACGGGACGCCGAAAACCAUCCGUGUCACCAGACCCCUCUGCCCGACUCCGAAGGUGGUCGACUUGUCCAACCCAAGCCUGCACGGCAAAGAGCAGCCGCUGCCAGCAGCCGACCGCACCAUGGGCUCCCUGUGGACAAAAGAGAUCGGGCGGGAGGUGGAGCCGAUGGUCCACGUUAACGGCGUCGUUACUGGCAGCAAAGGGCAGGAUGCCGGGAAGGGGAAGGAGGGUGCUCGUGGUCACCCUUGCCUCAACGGCGGCGUGGAAGACAAUGAACUGCUCAAAGAAAUCGAGCCCGUCCUGGAUCUCCUGAAGAGCAGCAGUAAGGACAGCGAUGGAGAUGCACCCUCCAAGGUAGAGACAAGAGAUAUAGAAGUCCAGGUGGACUGUUUCAGGGAAGGGGAAAACAAGCUGCAGAAAGCCUUACCGGCUCAGAUGGAGAACGACCGUGUCUUCGGUGACCUGUGGGGGAAGACCAAUGUGCCCGUGGUCCUGAACAACCCCUACUCCGAAGCGGAGCAGCCACCGCCAUCUGGGCGACAGUCCCCAACUAAGAACACAGUGAAUGGAAGUCCUUCCAAAUGCCCGCGGUUUGUCAAAAUCAAGAACUGGGAGACAGGCUCUGUGCUUCACGACACUCUGCACCUCAAGACAGCGAUGGCCACCGCGUGCACCGAGCAGAUCUGCAUGGGCUCAGUAAUGACCCCCAGCCAGCACGUCCGCAAGUCAGAAGAUACCAGGACAAAAGAGGAGGUGCUCCUCUUGGCUAAGGACUUCAUUGACCAGUACUACUCCUCCAUAAAGAGAUCUGGCUCCAAGGCCCACAUGGAAAGGCUGGAGGAAGUGACCAAGGAGAUUGAAGCCACCGAUACCUACCAGUUGCGGGACACAGAGCUGAUCUAUGGAGCCAAGCAUGCCUGGAGAAAUGCAGCCCGCUGUGUGGGCAGGAUUCAGUGGUCCAAGCUGCAGGUGUUUGAUGCCCGGGACUGCACCACAGCCCAUGGGAUGUUCAAUUAUAUCUGCAAUCACAUCAAAUACGCCACCAACAAAGGGAACCUAAGAUCUGCUAUUACCAUCUUCCCGCAACGGACGGACAGCAAGCACGACUUUCGCAUCUGGAAUGCCCAGCUCAUCCGCUAUGCUGGCUACAAGCAGCCCGAUGGCACUAUCCUGGGAGACCCUGCAAACGUGGAGCUGACGGAGAUCUGCAUUCAGCAAGGGUGGAAGGCACCGCACGGGCGCUUUGAUAUCCUGCCUCUGCUUCUCCAAGCCAACGGCAAUGAUCCAGAACUCUUUGAAAUCCCCCCGGAGCUCGUGCUGGAAGUGCCCAUCCGGCAUCCCAAGUUUGAAUGGUUUAAGGACCUGGGUCUGAAGUGGUAUGGUUUGCCAGCAGUUUCCAACAUGCUCCUCGAGAUUGGUGGCUUGGAGUUUUCCGCCUGCCCCUUCAGCGGCUGGUACAUGGGCACAGAGAUUGGGGUCCGGGACUAUUGUGACAACUCUCGCUACAACAUACUGGAGCAAGUGGCCAAGAAAAUGAAUCUGGAUAUGAGGAAAACCUCCUCGCUGUGGAAGGACCAGGCCCUGGUGGAGAUCAACAUUGCUGUGCUGUACAGCUUCCAGAGCGACAAGGUGACCAUUGUGGAUCACCACUCAGCCACUGAGUCCUUUAUCAAGCACAUGGAGAACGAGUACCGAUGCCGUGGAGGCUGUCCUGCUGACUGGGUGUGGAUUGUCCCACCAAUGUCUGGCAGCAUCACCCCAGUUUUCCAUCAGGAAAUGCUCAACUACCGUCUCACACCCUCCUUUGAGUACCAGCCGGACCCCUGGAACACCCACGUCUGGAAAGGGGUCAAUGGGACACCUACCAAGAAGAGGGCCAUUGGCUUUAAGAAGUUAGCAAAAGCUGUGAAGUUCUCAGCCAAGCUGAUGGGACAGGCCAUGGCCAAGAGGGUCAAAGCAACCAUCCUGUACGCCACUGAAACAGGGAAGUCACAGGUCUAUGCAAAAACUCUGUGUGAAAUCUUCAAGCACGCUUUCGAUGCCAAGGUGAUGUCCAUGGACGAGUAUGACAUUGUGCACCUAGAGCAUGAAACCAUGGUCCUGGUGGUCACAAGCACCUUUGGCAAUGGAGACCCACCUGAGAAUGGAGAGAAAUUUGGCUGUGCAUUAAUGGAGAUGAAGAAUCCCAACUCCAACCUGGAGGAGAGGAAGAGCUACAAGGUACGUUUCAACAGCGUCUCCUCUUACUCGGAUGCACGGAAAUCCUCCAGCGAUGGCCCUGACUCCAGGGACAACUUUGAAAGCACGGGACCCCUGGCUAAUGUCAGGUUCUCCGUGUUUGGGCUGGGGUCGCGUGCUUACCCCCAUUUCUGCGCCUUUGCCCGGGCAGUGGAUACCCUCCUGGAGGAGUUGGGUGGAGAGAGGAUCCUCCGCAUGGGAGAAGGGGAUGAGCUCUGUGGCCAAGAGGAGUCCUUCAGGACCUGGGCCAAGAAGGUCUUCAAGGCAGCGUGUGACGUGUUCUGCGUGGGCGACGACGUCAACAUCGAGAAAGCAAACAACUCCCUCAUCAGCAACGACCGGAGCUGGAAGAGGAGCAAGUUUCGCCUGACCUAUGUUGCUGAGGCCCCGGAGCUCACACAAGGACUGUACAGCAUCCACAAAAAACGCGUCUAUGCAGCCCGGCUUAUCACACGCCAGAACCUGCAGAGCCCAAAGUCCAGCCGCUUGACGAUUUUCCUGCGCCUCCACACCAACGGACACCAGGAACUCCAGUACCUGCCUGGGGACCACUUGGGCGUGUUCCCAGGGAACCACGAAGACUUGGUCAGUGCCCUGAUCGACAGGCUUGAAGAUGCCCCUCCGGCCAACCAGCUGGUGAAGGUGGAGCUCCUGGAGGAGAGGAACACAGCUCUAGGUGUCAUCAGUAACUGGACAGAUGAGAACCGUGUCCCACCAUGCACCAUCUUCCAGGCUUUUAAGUACUAUUUGGACAUCACCACCCCUCCCACACCCCUGUUGCUGCAGCAGUUUGCUUUGUUGGCCACCAGUGACAAGGAGAAGAAACGUCUGCAGGUCCUUAGCAAGGGCUUGCAGGAGUACGAGGAAUGGAAGUGGUCCAAGAACCCCACCAUUGUGGAGGUGCUGGAGGAGUUCCCCUCGGUGCAGAUGCCCUCCACGCUGCUGCUCACACAGCUCCCCCUCCUCCAACCCCGCUACUACUCCAUCAGUUCCUCCCCAGAGAUGUACCCAGGCGAGGUCCACCUCACCGUGGCAGUGGUCUCUUAUCGCACGAGAGAUGGAGAAGGACCAAUCCACCAUGGAGUCUGCUCCUCUUGGCUCAAUCGGAUACAGACCGAUGAAGUAGUGCCCUGUUUUGUAAGAGGCGCGCCUGGGUUCCACCUGCCCCAGGAUCCCCAGGUGCCCUGUAUCCUCAUCGGCCCCGGCACCGGCAUCGCCCCUUUCCGGAGCUUCUGGCAGCAGCGGCUUUUUGAAAUUCAGCACAAAGGUCUGAAGCCUUGUCCUAUGGUCCUGGUAUUUGGCUGCCGGCAGUCCAAGAUCGACCACAUUUACAAAGAGGAGACGCUCUUUGCCAAAACCCAAGGUGUCUUCAGAGAGCUGUACACAGCCUACUCCCGGGAACCGGACAAACCAAAGAAAUACGUGCAGGACGUGUUACAGGAGCAGCUGGCCCAAACCGUGUUCAAAGCACUGAAGGAGCAAGGAGGCCACAUCUACGUCUGCGGGGAUGUCACCAUGGCCGGGGACGUCCUCAAGACCAUUCAGCGCAUCGUGAGGCAGCAGGGCCAGCUGUCGGUGGAGGAGGCAGGCGCUUUCAUCAGCAAGCUGCGGGAUGACAGCCGGUACCACGAGGAUAUUUUUGGAGUCACCCUGCGUACGUACGAGGUGACUAACCGCCUUAGAUCUGAGUCUAUUGCAUUCAUUGAGGAGAGCAAAAAAGAUACGGAUGAGGUUUUCUGCUCCUAACUGGACCCUUCGCCCCAAGGGGAUGCCAAACCAGUCCCAGCACCUGCUGCCCCCUCCAGCCGAAGGGCAAUGGGUUUUGUAUUUCACGGACACAGUGGCUCCUUUUCCGCGGGGAACUGCCCACGGAAAGCGCUCUGUCUCUCGUCCUGUUGUUGUGUCCUGAUGAUGAUGAUCAUGAUUUUUAUUUCGUUUUCUUCCUCUUUCUCUUGCUCUUGUCCUGUGGCCGUUUCUUUUCACCCCCUUUCCCUUCCCUGGAUUUCCCCACUGAAGUACGAUGGCUUUAUAACCUGCAGUGGCUCUUAACAGAACUUCACAUUUCUCCUUCUCUCAUGAGGGCAUUUUGCAGCUGCAUGAAAUCACCACCUUCGUGAUCAUCUGCGGUUUUGGUGUUUUGGGGGAGAGCAGAGGUGGCAGGGGCUGGGCAAUGGCUAGGUCUUGUUGCUUGACCAGAGCUGGGGUUUGUUGCCCCCAGGCUCCCCCCUUCCCCAGCUCCGGGCUUGGCUGAAUCCUUGCAUUUUCAUGGCUUUCCUUUGGACUUGUACAGACUAUGCCCGAGGCUGGGGGCAGAUGAUGUGCAGUGCCCUCCUGCCUAUGAACUUUGUUCAUCCCCAAGCAGCCUGGGUACAAAUGUGUCUGUUUUGAUCCACAGGGUGGGGAUGGCUCUGAUUCACGUGUCAUGAUUUCUCCUAAGUGGACUCUGUGCUAUGUUUGCCUCCUUCUCUGCUCCCUGUUCCCCAUGAGCCUCUCCUUUUGCUCAGUCCCCACUUUUGCUGGCAUGAAAGGCCUCCCACAGAGGAGCAACCACUGAACACGCAGGCUGAUGUGUAUGCUAGGGAAAAACUCACGGCAAUGGCUGCUGCUGGGCCAGGCUGUCCUCCAGAAGGCUUUACAGGAGAUAUGUGAUCUGCACCCAUGAUGCUUGUGGGAGAGAUUGAGGGACCGGCUGCAUCCCAGAGCUUUGCAUGCUGUGAACAUGUGAACCCUCUCCCAGGUGAGACUGGAAAGCUACAAGGAUGGGAGAGAAGCGGCUCCAACCCCAGCUGCAAGAGGCACCUCCUGGUAACAAAGCCUAUUUGGAAGGCAGAACUUGGAGGAUUACGGAGGCUCCUGGUCCUUGCUGAGGAUGUGUCGACCAAGGACUCUUGAAAGCCCAGAGAGCAUCAGCUCCACUUUAGCGCGGUCUCAUGAGCAGUUCUGGGACAGCAAACCCCAGCCACUUCCACAACUUCAGGAGCAGAAAGUGCCAUCACGGAGUGACCUGCCUGCCAAGAGAAAUACAUGUGGCAUCUCGGUGGCAAGCCAGUCCCCUCUGUAGGCUCUGCACCACCUGCCAGCGGCACGAGCUGUCUCUGACGGGACAUCUCAUGUGAGAAGGGAGGUGAGAUCGGCUGCAAAGAUGCUGCGUGAUUCUGGGCUCUGACACGCUCACACCUCAGCCCUGCUGCAAAAAUCUGGCCCCAAAAGCAAUCUGUUAACACGAUCACAGAAAGGUAUCAGUCCCUUUAAAAGAGAAAAGCUGUCUGCAAGGUAAAGCAUGCGUGACCUUGUGUGUCCUUCUUCCUUCUCCUCCCUUCCUCACCCUGAAGAAGGUUUGUCCUCCCUCAUUGCCAGGACAAGGACAGCAGGGCACGGUUGCAGCUCUUGCUGGAGGCAGGAAUAUGGGGUUGACAUUCUGAGCUGGUAGAUGCUGGUCCUUUCCUCCUGCCCCUGCUCUGCUGAACUGUGCACUGAUGCUUGUAUGGAGCAAGGCACCAAAACCGGCGACAGCAGAGGGUUUGUCCAGGAGCUGCGACGGUGAGCUUGCUUUCAGAGGGCUAAGGUUAGCUGCCCUAAGCCAAAGUCAGAACAAAAAGAGCUGCAAGAGGUUUGCUAUUCUCCCAGCCCAUGGUUCAAGCCGUGCUGGCUCCCCUGGCCCCAGGCCGUGCAGUUAUUCCCACCCUCAGCCAGGACCUCCUGCCCUUUCCUGCUGCUUGGCUGGCCGCGUCUCCAAUUGCUGUGACCAUCUUCUGCAGCUUUGACUCCCUGAAUGCUUGAAGCAGCUCCAGCUCAAAACCCAAGAGCAAAAGGCCUCCAGGCACUGGGAGAAUUUGAGAUCCAGGUCUCAAGUUUUGCUGGUCCCACCAGAGCAUCUAGCGUGGCGUAAAAUGCGAAGGAAUGCUGCCACGGUGUGGCCAGAGCCGAGCUCGCUGGGCUGGCAGGGCAGUCAGAGCAGGGUUUGGAGCCAGGUACAAGGCCAGGUUUGUGUCACUGCCUGGGGACUUUGUGACCUGAAGGUGAAAGCAGGACAGGGCAGGAAAAAGGGAAGCCCAUGGUCCACCUCUGUGGGUUGUGCCCUAAUCCCAGGGCAGGCAGUGGGAUGGGGGAGCUGGGUCCCUUAGCUGCUGGGAUGGGUGAAUUUGGGCAGAGGUCCUGUCUGUGGGAGACAACUCCCUGGCCCUACAGCAAGCCUGGCCCUAACCCCCAAUCCCAUGGCUGCAGAAACAGAGCUAACGAAAAAAAAUCAAACUCAUCCCCUUCUUCUGGGAAAUUUCAUUCUGGCUCUAGACUUUGUGCUCUGGUCUUCCUUUUAGUAGAAGGAGCGAUGCAACCUGAAGAGGAGGUAGUGCCCAAAGAAAUGCCCUUGUCUUCAUCCUCUUUCCAGUUCAUCCUGUGUUGCUGGCAAUUAGUUUUCUCCUGUCCUGCCUUCUGCCUGUAUCGCUACAACAUCUCCCAUCUGGAAGUCAUAUUGCUGCUGGAGUCUGUGUCUGAGAUGAAUUGGCUUGCUUUUCCUGCACCCCAAAGCUUGCCACCUCCAUCUCCCCCUUCCACCUGAGCUGCCAGCGAAAACAGCGGGGAAGCGCAGCGGAGAAGGGAACGGGGCUGUGCCUUGCCUUCGGUGGGAUCUCCAAAGGGGUCUGUGCCGGGCAGACAGCCAAAGCCGUCUCAAGUUCAACAGGUAUCGGGUAGGUGAGUCCUUCAGAGCCUUUUGGGAGGGAAAUGCUGGUUUGAGGCCAGCCUCCCUGUCUGGCCCUGGAGAAGAAACACCGUCCCUGCCGUGAAGGUCCACGAAGUUAAUAUGUCCCCCAGGGCUCUGAGCUGCCUCUCUGCUCCCUCUGCCUGAGUAGGACCAUUCGCUCCUCACAAGCUGCACCACUGGGAAUUUUGAUUCAUUGGUUUUUGUUGCGUCAGUCUCAGACGUCUUAACUUCUCCUUCAUCCCCCUCACCUGCAGGGGCUUCGCACUCCCCUCGAGCUUAAUUUUCUCCCACAGUGAAGGGGGAAAUAAACUUGUGGAUCUGCUUUAUCAUUCCACAAAUGCAGCUCUUCCACCAGUUGUCUAGACUCUGCUCAUCUCGGUGUGACAUUUCUGAUGCGUGGGUGUAGCCACAAUAUCUCCGGCAUGCAUAAACGGCAGAGAGCGAGGUGGGGUUUGCCGCAGACCGGUGCCAUGAGCUGCUUCGGGGUGUCACGCAUGGAUGGGUUGUGCCUCUUGGGCACUCGGUUGACAAAUCUAUCACCUCCGGGUACCUGCUGCCCAUCCAGGCUCCUGCACAGCCCCACGCGGCUCACGUGGCGAGGGGAUACUGGACCUGAUGGACACCCAGCCUGAUCCAGUGUCCCAGUCCCUCUCCUGGAGGAUGUCCACGACCACCACUGCCCGUUUUGAGCAGCUCUGCUCCUUUUCACUCCCCAGGUAUUAAACAUAUAGAGUCUCUUCUCUAAACAGGAGAUUUGAUUUACAAGACACCAUGAAGUGGGUUUUUUUCACAAAGGUUUUAAUCCAUAGGUCUUUCAAACAUCCACAGAAAGUUAUUAUACGAACUUGAAAACUCAUGGGAAAUGGUUCUCUGUUUUCCCAACCUGCUGUGUCCACUAGCAGGGAAAAAUAAGUUGUUCAUUCAGUGCAAGGGUAUCUACUGCCUGUGCUGUUGAUGACUUCAGAGGUUUCAUCUCCCCAGAAGGACUGCCUGGGAGUUUGUUGUUCUUCUAUUUAUGAGAGACAGCGGGAGAAAAAUGAGACUUCUGUCAUCAGGAGUAGACUCACAAAGAUGAAACCUCCACGAUCGUUGCUGGGUAGGCCUGAGCUCGUUGCACUAGAGGAACCAAGCCAGUCACAUCCAUACUGGCCAGAGAAAUGGGGUUUGAGUUUGGGCUGUCCACACUCCCUGUCCCUGUCCUGUGCCUAUGCGUCCCCAGGGGCAAGCAGGGGACUCUGGCUCACACUGCUCUGGGUGUGAACAACGUGUCCGUGCGUGACCGGCAAACUUGCAGUUGUGUCCUGAGCAAACGUGAUUGCACCUAUGCAGAAGAGGAGAUGGGAAGAGACAGGAGCUGCAUGAACCUGUGUCCAGCCUAACUGUGAUUGCUCCGUUAGUUCCUUUACCGUUAGUACGCGAUGCCUCUCACCCCGUCCCAGGCUGCAACCCAGGCUCCCUCUACCACUUCCCUCUGGAGAUCCCUCCUUUCUCCUUCUCAGCCCUGUCUGCCCAGCCAAAAGGUGCAGCGAGCUGCUCGGCAAGGGCAGGUCCUGGGAAUGGCAACGGACUUACAGUGCCUUGUGCUGGGAAGAGACUAUUGCACCGGGGUUGCCCUCCCGUUCCUGCUCUCUCCGGAGAUGCUCCUAGCACACAGAGACUGGGGGCUGAGGGAAACAGGUGACUUCAUUUUACAAGUGAAAUUCUUGGUGGGCAAAUUGCCCCUAGGAUAACUGAGAGCAAACUUACAGCCCUUCUCAGCCGUGCUGUGCAAUUAAUCUCCCAGUGAUGGGGUUUUAUAGGGGUAUGGAGGUGGUGCAAGGUUAGAAUGUGGGUGCAAACUGGACACCACCUUCUGCAAGCACCACAGGUCUGCAAAUACCUACCACAUACACAGAGACUGUGUUUUUAUUAAGCUGGGGGCAGGGGGGAGAGGGUGUUUGUGCUUGAAGCCUCGUGGACUUGCACCAAGCCCAAGCCAAAGCUGCUGCCCCCUGACUUACGACCACUGAAGCCAUUACAGUCCUCUGAUUUGUACCUGUGGGGAAGCUGCAGUGAGUUCCCAGCAUUUUUUGGAAGGAGAAUUUUAUGCUCAAAACUAAAUUUUGUUCCUGCUUUCACUGGGGACCAGUUCUCAGCUUCAGAACUGCUCUGAUAACUUUGCAAUUGCUUUGAUAGCUCCAGAGAGGAGCGCAGUCCCUUUACAGAACAGAUGGAGACACAUUUUCAGGACCAUUCAACUUUUCUGUAACUCUGUCUUUGUUAUAACAAUUUCUUCUGCUAUAACAGGAGGAGCAAAAUUUGGCCAGUGAUGAAUGCUCUUGAAAACCGUAUUCCUGAACUUGGAAAAAAUUAGUCUAGAAUCCAAGUCCUCCCAGACACAAAAUACCUUCCACACCCACCGGCUUCAGUGGCAUCGGGGAUUUCAGCAGCUUGCAGGAUCAGGCUUUCACAGCAGCAGCAGCGGCAGCAAUUUCAUGAUGGCAGUAUUUUUGCGUGUGUCAAUCUGCACUUGCACUUGCCUGCAAUGCAUGACUCUAGUAAUCCAUUUGAAAUCUACCCUCGACAGGGAGAUCUGAGCUCUAGCUUCUUCCAUAUGGCCGUGUGUAUUUAAUAGGAAAUCAGGGGAGUGGGAAAAAGCUCAUGAGAUUGCUGCUUUAAAGCACUUGGUUCCAGAAGUAAAACAGACCUUACCAGAGGUCAAAAUUGGCUUGAUUUUAGCAUGGGUACAAGGGCAACUCAUGAAAUAUUUAAGCACUGUAAUGCAGAUACACCUUUUUCCUGCUGUGCCAGGAAUGAAGUAGACUAGAAACUCUUGGCCUCCACCCCUACAGAUGUUUGGCUGUGAUGGAAGUUUGAGCCAUUGAAAUCGCAGGAAAAAAAAACAGAUUGUGAGUUCAUAGCUGAGCAGUUGCAGCUUGUUUAGCAGUGAGAGCGUCUCACUGCGAGGGCUGCUGCUUUCCUGCCUUACUCAUCCAUGUACCUACCUGGCCAGAUUUCAGGGAGGGAGGAGGGAGGAAGCACUUCAAAAGCAAGAAAAUCCAAACUGUGAGCCUUGCCCUGAGCAUCCCUCAUUUAACAGGAGCCUACAGGCCAAGGCUUUGCAGCUACUCCUCACUACCACAGCAGGGAAGUGGGCAAGACACCAGGGGCUUCUCUUGUAUCCGCGGGCCAAAGCUUGCAGAAGCCGUUCUGGGGCUGUGGAAGAGCAGGAGUGCGGAGCUGGGCUGCGGGUAGACCCCUGCACGGCCUGACUGCAGUGUUUGCAUGCAGCUCUCUGUAGGGCUGGUUCAGAAACCUGCUCGUGAAUAACACUGGGCAAAGUAUUUUUCUUCCGGGGGCAUUCUUAAUACUUUAAAAAUUUAAAGACUAAAUACUGAAAAAAUUUAUCUAAAACAGCAAUUGAUUUGGGGCUUCUUUUUGUUGCUUUGUUUUCAUGCGUUGGUUUUGGGUGGGGAAAGCAAACAAAAAGUAUAUCAAAUUGUUUUGGAUUAAAUCAAAUAUAUUGUUCCCGCAAUAAUUUCUAAUGGAGAUUUAAAAAUUUUCCAAGGGCAACAAAACUGCCUUAAUUUGUAUUCAACUCCAAGAAGAGACAUUAACACCACUUGCUUCUGAGCCUGCUUUUUUACUUUUCUCUCUGUGUGAUCGUGGCAUGGAAACAUGUCUUAACAAAAUACACUUAACAGUACUCAACAGGAUGUCCAGAAACAGAAGACAGUGUUUCAGAAUCUCCCCGUGCCCAGCAUUGAAGUGAUGGCUUUGAAGCCAAUGAAAUUCAAUGCAAAAUUUCUGCUUUGCUAGAACUCUACAAAAUAGGCAAAUGUCCACAAUUCCCAAUGUUAAAUGUGCUCUGCUGCCUUGAGAUGCCUUCAAAUAACCCUGGGAUCUGUACGCUGAAAAGAGCUUGAGAAUAGGCUCCCUGGUCUGCAGCAACAUCCCCAGCUCUUCUAGAGUGUACACAAUUCCCCAGGCAGUAGAUGAACAGAGUAAGAUGACUUUCAGCCAGGACUCAUUGCUUUUUAGAUUGCAUGUAGUUAGAAACAUGAGUUCUGCCAGCCGCCCAGGGAAUUUGAUAUUCAGUGCCAAUUAAUUUUUGUAAUGGGAACAAGGAUUUAUUCCCUCAGUUCCCUUAGGCACCUUUGAAAAGCGUAAGCCUCAAAGGUUGGUUUGGAUUUUUUUUCUGGUGGCCUUUUUCCUGAAAAGCAGUGGUGCCGAGAUGAGAAAGGGGACCGGUCUGUGAAGGGUGGCAGCUUUGGGGCAGGCAACUCCCAAACUUCCCAUUGCAGAGGUUUUCUAAACUUUUCAGGUGUGGGUAAAUUCUGCCCUGCUAGAUGGGACUCCAACCUCUCGCUGCUCUCUGGUCCUCCUGCUCCUUCCUCCCUCCCCUCAGCACCUCCUCAUGUCACUGUGCCUUCAUUUGGUUUAUAAAAUGAUGCCAUGAUUUAAGACUGGCACAUUGUCUUUACUCUCACUUUGCAUCCCAUAAGACAGGUAUGUGUGGAGAGGGGCUUAGCUUAUUUUGUAGUUUUUUGUGUGAUCCUAAGGUAGGUUUCUUCUGAGGAGUAAAGGGGUGGGGAUAGUGGGAGCAGGAAUGAGCCGGUGUUGUAUUUGAUCAUACCAGUGCUUUAAGCGGUCAGAAACAUGUUUUUCCCCUACCUCUGAGCUCUCAAUGCUGCUAAAAUCUCUGCCAUUCGUACAAUGUACUCCAGACCCCUCUCUCGGACUGACUCUGGCUCUGUUUGCAAGAUAUCCACAUUGUUCUAAAGCAUGCACCUCUUUCUGUAUAGUUCCAAUCUUCUGAUUUUAUGGAAUACUUAUGCCUGUUUGCAUUACGGUCAAAAUAAAAAAGUGAACUAAA